AAAGCCGGAUGUCGGCCAGAUCCUGCUGCUCAAAGUUAAAGAGCUUGUAAGAAGCUCGCUCGUAAAUAAGUACAGAGGUAGAGAGCCCGCAGAGGCUACCUAGACCGUGUCGUCCUCGUGGCAACCAUGCACAUCAACCACCUUCAAGCGCAACAAUAAACGACGCGACAUGGCCUCGCUAAGCAGUUGGGAGAAGCACGAUAUUCUGCGCUGCGAGCGAUUUCUGAAAAGGAUCGAAGGCUGGGUCGACCCUACCUGGGGUUUUCAUGUCUAUGGCACCUACACACGCCCGCAAAAGCAAAAGGAUUUAGACAAGGGGAACGAUAAGGGCAAAGCCUAGGAGAUAGCGGGUGAGUUAUAUUGAUUCGAGCUCAGAGAGGGAUAUCUAAUGG